UUGAUAACGUGGUUGAUAAGCAUGCCGACCAGACGAGUAAGCCGAUCACUUUUAUUUCUACAGAACUUUUCAGGUUCGGUUACCCUACCUCACUUACACAAAUUUGAGCUAGUGGGGUUAGUGUGGGGUAUUACAGUGUGCUGACUGUGUGCGAGACCACGAGCCGGCCUAUAUCUUACCUUUCACUUCACAAGCUACGGCUAUUGGCAUGAUAUAGACGUCGUCUCAAAGAAUAUUCCGAAACAAGAUACAGAAGCAUAUAGCUGACCAUUUGUAGGGUUUAGGCCUGCUUACCUGCCUAGUCUCAGCAGUCUUGCUCCCGCUGUCACUUAUCGGAUACUUUCCAAGGUGGAUAACUCCAAUAGAUGCUUUUUAUGGUCAUCACGACGGUUGCAUAUCAGCUUCCGGAGAGAUCUGACAACAACUCCCCUCCGACCAAUAGCUCAGAGAUCGAGUUGGCGCUAAUGAGCGGCCAAAGUAGUAUAAACGAAACUCCGUCCAAGAAUUCACCAUACUUCAACGAACAAGUAUCGGUUUGUUCUCAUGCGCCUCUCCCUGUGGAAUCCAAAGGGUCCAUCGAACGUUCCUACGAUGAGCAAGAAAUAGACUUGACAGCUUAGCUGGAUUAUGUCGGGCACCACGAGGUUGAACUGGGCAAUUUACCUGAUUGUCUUGCCUUUCUAAACCUGCCAGCUUUUCCUAGUUGAUACUUAUUCCGUCUUGACUCGUUGACUGUAACUAUACCGAUAACUUAGCGCGAGUAAUCUGCAGCGUAAGAGGCAGUACAAAAAUACCAGGCUAUCCUGCUUUCUUUAUAUAGUUAAACGCCGAACAAUACUAAAUUUAAUCCUCGAUCUCCAGAUCCGUUAAAAUUAUACAGUAC